AUGCAUAGGAUAUACGUGAUGGGUCAGCCAAUAUCUACACUGUGCAAUUGUGUUUGUAAUCAAACGUGCUCUAAACCAUCUCAAAGAGUGUCCUCUCUACGUAAUAAAGCCGAAGUGAAUUCGUCGGUCCUGUCCGCGCCUCUUACACGUUGUAUUUAUCAUUUCGAUAUAUGGACACCAUCCAAUCAUGACAAAAAUUUAAUUCUUGUCUGGUUAGAUGAGCAAAUGGAUAUCGAUUUAGAAAAUACGGCUCAAAUGAAAAUGUUUUUGCAAAGAAUCAACGAACAGACGCUAUUAUUUUCAAGUCGAGCUCGGUUUGUGGAAUUUUUGGAGACAUUAACAAAUGAAUCGAUAUUUCUCAUUAUAUCUGGGCAAUUUUCCAUCGACUUAUUACCAUUUGUAAAUAGCAAAGAGCAAAUUCAUGCAUUAUAUAUAUUUUGUAUCCAAGACGAUCAUUACAAAAGCUUGAUCAAUGAUUAUUCAAAACUGCGGCGUGUGAGCAAUCAUCAUGUAGAACUUCUUCUUGAAAUACAGAAAGACAUCAGUAUCUAUAAGAAACAAGCAAUAAAAUUCAAUUCAUUGAGUAAAAGUGAGCAAAACUCGAUUACUGAUCUCUCUCCAGAAUCCGCCUUAUUUUUCUGGAGUUAUUUACUUAAAGACAUUUUGAUCAAUACUGAUAAAAGAGAUGAUGCAAAAGAAGUUAUGCUCGCUUAUUGUCGUUUACAAUGCGAAUCAGAUAAUACCUUGCAAGCCCAAAUUGAUGAAUUUGAAAAAUGUUAUCAGUCGAACGAUGCGAUCCAAUGGUACACAAAAGAUUCAUUCGUCCACAGAUUAGUGAAUCAAUCAAUUAAAGCAGAAAAUAUCAAUGCACUAUUACAUCUAAAAUUUUUCAUCACAGAUCUUUCUACUUGCUUAAAAUUGAAAUGGAAACCGGACUAUAUUCAAAGGUCCCAUGGAUUCGUAAAAACCUACCGAGGUGCACAGCUAACAAAUGCAGAAAUAGAGAAGCUGAAACCUGAUAGUCUGAUAACACCAAAUGGCUAUUUGUCUACAAGUGAAUCAUUGGAAACGGCCAGCAUAUAUGCAGGCAAUACACUCUUUGAGAUUGACAUUGAUCCCCUGGUAGAAAAUUUAAUAUUUGCUAACAUUGCUGAGUAUAGUAACUUUCCGCAAGAGCAAGAAAUACUUUCCGACAUGGGAUGUAUAUUUAGAAUUGUUAGUGUAGUCUAUGAUGAACUUAAUCAACGAUCGGUCGUCAAAAUGAUUGGUGUAAAUGAAGCCGAACAACUCGCCAGUGAUUUUAUCGAAAGAAUAAAACAUAGAAAGAAAACCAAUGGAUAUUUUAAUGGUUUACUCAAUGAUUUUGUCGAUAUAAUCGGCUAUGAGCGAGGCAUUAGUCUUUACGAAUAUUUUUUAAGACUCCCAACAGUUGGCGUACAGAACGUUAUCAACAAUUGCUCUAGAUCUAUCCAUUUAUAUGAAAAAUGUUGUGAUGCUUCAAAUGUUGCUAUCCUAUACGGUUGUUUCGGAUGGUUUUUUACACAAAGAGCAGAAUAUGAUUUGGCCAUUGAAUACUGUACUCGAGCUUUAUCAUUAGUAGGAAGUGAGUCACCGAAUGCCAAUAUGGUCAUUGAAAUUGCCAUGAUUCAUAAUACGAUCGGUUGGAGCUAUUACGAGAAAGGAGACUAUGAUCCUGCCAUAUCCUGGUGUCAGAAAGCGAGAAAGAUAUUCAAAUCAUGUCCGUACGUUGAAGAUUCGAAAUAUGUCAAAGUUCUACGAUCAGAACAAAAUUUGAAAAAAUCUCCGUCACGUAACGAUGUGGAAUAUGCCGAAAUUCUUACUAAUAUCGGAUGCAUCUCUUGCAAAAAGAAAGAGUUCGAGCUGGCAUUAUUUUACUGUGAAAAAUCAAUGAGCAUACUCCAAAGAUGUGACCAUGAAACAAUAUUCGAUAGAGACCGCGAAGUGGCGGCAGCAUCCACUAAUGAAAUUGAUAAUCAUCAUGAAACGAUUGCAGCUAAUUAUGAAGUUUUUGCCGAUGUCUGUUUUAAGAAGGAGAACUAUGUUCUUGCACUCGAAUAUUAUGAAAAAGCGCAAGUUAUUUUUGAAACGAUAACGCCACGAAUACCGAUCUGUCUGCAACGAUCACCAGCUAUUUUUGGUCGGAUGAAGCAACGUUUACAAAAUUCGAUCCAAAUCAUAGAAAGAUUGCUCGUUGCCACCAAUCGAAAGAAUACUUGA